GAAAUUUCUUGUUGGAAAAGUAGCCGUAGCUGAACUUCCAUUAUUUGAAAAAAAAAUUGACAGUUGGAUAAACAGCAGCCAGCAUCAAAAUGAUGGAAUUACUCCCGUAUGAUGACCCACGCGAGGGAUCGGAACGCCUCCGGAAAGCUAUCGACAAGGAGCGAUUCAUUUCGCGCUGCAAGAACCGACUGAAAGGAAAAAAGAAACUUCAAAAGUACCUCCCGGAGCGGUCCAGCUUCCUGUAUGAGUUUCUGGGCCGUCACGGCGGAAAUCUGCACCUGCGCACUAAUGUGUACAAAGAUUUCCUCGGCGAAACGGACCGGACGGAGGAGCUCAAGAAUAAGGUCAUUAGCUCGAUGAUCCCGGACGAGGUUCUAUGCAGUGCGGGGGAUUACCGGCCGAGGAAAUUUAUGACCGCUAUGCUGUUCGCCGAUGUGUCAGGCUUUACAGAUCUUUCGGAAAAGUUCAAUAUACCGGGUAAAGGCGGAGCUUCCAAACUGUCCCAAGUGCUUAACGCGUAUCUGGGUGCCAUGGUGCAGGAGAUUCUGUCGCAUGGAGGAGAUAUCCUAAAAUUCUCCGGCGAUGCCUUUCUAGUGCUGUUCAAGGAAACGCCGUCGGUUUCGUUGAAGGAUGCUACGCACCGUGCCAUUGAUACGGCGAUCAUCAUUCAGCGGUCGUUUGGAGCUUACGAAACCGAAGUUGGUGUUACGCUGCGAGUAAAGAUUGCCAUAGCUGCGGGGGAGGUUUACUUUUCCUUGAUUGGAACGGAAGACUUUUCACAUUAUGUUGUGAUUGGACAGCCGGUGUGGAAGGUGAAGAUUGCCGAAAAGGUGGCUGAGCCCGGUGAUAUUAUUGUGAAUCAUAUAGCGUGGAACUACAUAUAUUCGAAUGAGUACAUUUCCGAACAGUGCGACGAUAAAGCCCAUUUUCGAAUCAUAGGGUUUACUAGUAACUGGCGUUCUGCCCAGCGGUUGAAUAUUUUUGAUCUAUUGCAUGAAAAUGAAUUGGAGGAUGAUGACGAUACAAGAAUACUACCAGGUGAAGAAAUGAAGCUCGACAGCGAAACUCUGAGAAUUCGACCAAGUUUGAAGCACGUUGCAACCAAAACUGUUACAACCUCACUGAGACGGUUUAUGAUUAAACCGAUUUUAAAUGCCAUCGAUACCCAAGAACCUUUAGAGUUCCUGACCGAGAUGCGACAAAUUGUUACUGUGUUUCUGAAUAUUGUAUUGAGGACCAAGGAUAUGCUGGAAGUCAUCGAUGAAAUCAACUCGAUCUUUACUUCACUGUGCACACUAGUUGAAAGCUACGAUGGAACCGUGAACAAAGUGUCCCUAUUCGACAAAGAUGUCAUGUUUCUGAUAAUUUUCGGUUUACGGGGGUACAAACAUGAUCUAGAUAGUCAGAUUGCACUGCGUUGUGCAUCGGAGAUUCGCGAGAUGUAUCGGACGAAUCUCAAAGUGUUGUCUGCGUCGAUUGGGGUCACAACGGGUACCACGUACUGUGGAGUGGUGGGACACUUUGUUCGUCGGGAGUACUCGGUGAUCAGCGUUACGGUUAACAAGGCGGCCCGACUGAUGAUGGCCUAUCCGAAUAAGGUCACCUGCGAUAAGGAUACGUUUAUGAUGAGUAAGUUGGAUCCGAUGCACUUUACGCUACAGGAAGCGAUCGAAUUGAAAGGUCUCCAAAAUGUGGGAACGAUAUACGAAUUCAAAGAAGUUAUUCCGGAACGAGAAAUGGUCAAACCGAUUGAGUACGAAUAUCCGAUAGUAGGUCGAGAUGAAAUACUUGAAGUGUUCGAAGAAAUGCUCGACGAUGGACUGUUUCUCACGCAGAAUGGAAACUCAGAUGACGCCAGCAGAAUCCAAGACUACACUAAUCAGAGUUGCUUGCUGAUAAGGGGAGAAGCUCAGAUGGGGAAAACGCGGCUGCUGAAUGAGUUGUUUCAUAUGUCACUGAAGAAUAAGAAAAUCAGUUCGCUAAGGUUGACGCUGUCGAUGCGUGAUUUAAAGAAAUCAUAUUCCGCCGCCUAUCUGUACCUUUCGCGUCCGCUCGGAUUCACUGAAACGAUCACCAGAAUAACCCGCGAGAAUCGCAUCAAGCAGUAUCUGAGUGAGCAUCAUCUCAACCCUCAACUGGCUCUGCUGAAUGACAUUCUGGAUGUGGAAUUCCCGGAUUCGGAAGUCUUACGCAUGAUGAACGACACCGAGCGGGACGAAAUGAGACGCAAACUUUUCGAACUGCUUUGCCAGAAGGCAUUUCAAAACCUAUGGGUGCUGAUAAUCGACGAUUUGGAAUUCAUGGACGACGAAUCGUUCGAGUUGUUUGAAAUCCUCUGGAACAUGCCUCAGGUUAUUACAGUGUUGGCUAUGGGUUAUCGCCGGCGCUUGGCGACCACUUUCAAGCAACUUUUCGAUAAUCCCCACGUAUGCCAGCUAAAAUUGACACCAAUUGAUACACUGCUCCACAAAGCAGUAACGUGUCAAUUUUUGAACGUGAACGCUAUCCCGUUGGAUUUGGAACGCGCAAUACACCUCAUGAGCAGUGGCAAUCCCGGUUGGAUGAAUACGUUUGUGAUGUCCCUGAAGCAAAGUGGUUUAUUACGUGUCAUUCGAAUGGGAUCGAUUGAGGCUCAAUCCAAGGGGUAUGUUUUUUGCGAAUCAUCCUACCUCGUGCGAAGCAGCGCAAGAUCUACCAUAUCUUUCCGGCUGAGUGGUGCCGAUUGGGAUCUCUUUGAGUCCUGUUCCGAUGAUGAUCAAAUGUCUCCGUUUAUAAGAACGAACUUCUCCAGCAAGUUAGUGAAUGUGGCGAGUUUGAAGGGAGAUAUUGAUACGCGAAAUUACUUUCCGUCGUCCUGUUUGGAUGCGUUCCAUCUGAUGCUGUACGAUUCGCUUUCCUCGUACGAACAGUACGUCUGCAAAUGUGCUGCCGUUUUGGGAGAGAAAUUUUUAAGAGUGGCAUUGAUAUUUGUGAUUGCGCAGGAUAACGAACGGGAUGUCGCAAUAGCUAUUCAAAAAUUAUUUGACCUUCAAAUUUUGUCCUGUGCUAUCGGAGACUUCUCCUCUGGCUUCAGUCUGUUCCAGCGGAAUGUCAAUGCGGAAAAUUUAAAGAAGAGGUCCUGUGGCUGUAUCAAGGUUCCAAUUUCAAGAGCCUGUCGAGAUUUACCGCGUUAUGCAGCGUGUGGAUAUUCGAAGUUUAAUUCAGAUUUAUUCCGUCAAACCGUGUACAAUUUGCUUACGGAGCAGCAGAAAAUCGAGUUCCACAGUCGGGCGCUAACGUUCAUAGAACGUGAAACGAAAAAAUGUGUUACUUGCGGAGGCGGAUCAUUCAACAAUUUGAUUUCCAGCGAUGAUAAAUUUGAUGUGUUAAUAGGCUUCAAACGAAGGCGAGAUUCCGAUGAUUCCUAUCGGAACCUUUUGCUGAAAAGCGGAGCCAGUGGAUUUUCUAUGCAGUCAAGCCAGCGCUGGAAAAAUUUUAACUGUUUUGGUACUGUAAAACCGCAUCUUUCUGUCAAAAUGCCUAUUUUGAGUUAUCGGGAGUAUGAUUUCACCAAAUGUCGUUGCUACAUGAUCCUGUAUUCGAUGUACAAGGAGAUCGUGUUCCACAGCAAUGGAGCUCGUAUGGCCGAGAAGCACAUUGAAGCGCAGAUCGAGUGGGCCAACUGCUGUAUGAAGGUCGCAAACAUACCCAAGGCUAUUCAGAUGUUGGAAAGUGUACAAAUGCAGAUAAAGGACAUCGAUAAAUUUGACAACACAGCAUUGGUGACAUACUUGAAAGGUCGGUUGUAUACACUGCUAGCAAUAUGUCGAUACGAGUUGAAGCAAUACAAUUUAGCAACAGAGUAUUUUUACACCGCUGCAGAAGUCAUGGGCAUGCCAUUUCCGAAGUCGACUGAAAUUGCUAAACUUCAGUUCGAGCUACUGUUCGCCAAGGUUUGUCGAAUGGUUCACAAGCGAGAGCUGCUACCCAGACAGCAAUGGAAACCGCUGUAUUACGUAUUAAUCGCUUCUCAGCUGUCAUCUUGCUUUGAUGGAAUGUUCCAACUGUUUCGCCGUUUGACUCAGUGGACCCUGGCUCAGUUGGCUGCUGUUUGGAGCCUGAAGCAUGCCCUCAAAUAUCGGCGGAAUGCUGCUGUACUCGUUGAGGCUUUUGCCAGUGUGUUUCAAAUUGCAUUCCAUAUGGGGUUCUCCAAUAACAUUGCCUGGAUGCAGGAAAGAUCUCUGGAAAUUAUUGCUGACAAUGUUGAUCGAAUCAAUAUGGAUUAUAUGAAGGCAAUCGUAAAAUAUUACACUGCUUUACUCAUGUGUCAAACGAUUCGUUCCACGAAAUUGCUGACGAUUGAGCUGGGCCGUGUUGUAUUGAAGAUAACCGAUAUGUUACAAUUCAAAACCAGUGAGUGGCACAUCAUUCCCGUUUUGGCAGAGUUAUUGAUGUCACAUCGGAAAAUUUCUGAAGUUGUUAGCAUGCUGUGGGACUUCAAGGCACUGACCGAUCGGUAUCAGGACACCUCCGCCAGGGCAUGGUACUAUUCAAUCGCAAUGGAUAUCAUGCUGGAUACGAGUUGCUCCGUCGAACCGUACAAGGAGUGCGAGAGUUUCUUUUUGAAGAACUGUGAAGCUCUUGGCUAUCAACGGGACGCCUAUGCCGUAACGAGGUUGUUUGUCAAUUUGUGGCUUUGGUGCGUACGAAAUGGAGCGUGGGAAACAGCCGAUAUAUGGAUGAACAAGCUGCAGGAGGUGUUUGCGUUGACUCCACAUGACUCCAUGAUAAAUGUUCACACCGCGAUUCGGUUGCUGGAGGGACUUGUUCUUACCUUGGUCAGUAAGAUUGAAGCGAGAAGUAUUCUGGCGAUUGUUCGGUUGCAAACAGAAAUCGAGCGAUUGUGUGAUAGCAUAGAAGAUGCACUUGACAUUAGUAAAAGUCAUGAGGCAAAAUACCGAUUAUGUAGAAUAUAUUAUAGAAAAGUAGUGAAUGACGGAUACAACGCUAUUGGCAAGCUGAGAAAACUGCGAAAGCUGGCAAUCGCUCGGAAUGAUUUACUUAGUGCCGAGAAGACCUUGCACACCAUUCAGUUCUGGCGGUGUGAGUUGUCUCAGAAGAUUGAAUCGUUUUGGUUGGACCACUGUUCGAGCGUGGUAUCCGGAAGUGACAUGGAUAGAAAUGAAAGCUUUGAUCAUUCUAAUUCAAACCGAUAUGAUUAUACCAGUUGUAUUUUAAAUGCUGAGCGGAUUUAUCCUUUUUCACUGCCUUUGCCUAGGGCCAGAUAUUUUUAAAGCCUAGUUAGCUGAAAAUUUCGUGUGAAGAAUAGUGUUAUAUCAUUGAGACUACGCAUUUCGAAGCCUUAUUCUACGUUUUACAAAUAUGAUUAAAUAUA